AUGGAUAGCAAUUCCGAAUCGAGUUCGGAGGAAGAUAUUGCACCGACUGAAUUGGAUUUCUCAUUAGAUUUUGACCCUGAGUACACCGAAGAAGAGCUGCAACAGAUUCUUCUGGAAGAAAAGAAAGCUGAGGAUGAGAGGUCUCGUUUGGAGCAUCGGGUCAGCAACGCACACUGGUGCACUUGUGGGCUCUGUAUUCCAAUGCCAACGGGGGUCGAGUCGUUGUGCUGCAGAGAAGUUGAUCAGAUUAUGAUGAAAAAUGCCUCUAAAAGUUGCAUCACACAUCAGGAGGACUUUAAAACUGCUGUUCUCAAUUUGAAUAUGAUCAAGCUUCACAGACACUUUUACGUAUCGAAAAUCAAAGACGCAAAAGAAAAAGCCAAGUGGCUCGUAGAAGACAACGCCAACUACAGAUUAUUUGCCUACAGAGUUUUCAUACUAUGGCUGAAUAAUUAUGAAAAACUUGGCCACAAGGUUAGGAAGGUUAUACCUUCAUGUGUGGUACAUAGCAUUAGAUUGAUGUGGCCAUCUGAAGAUGGUAUUUACAAAGGUUACAAGGAAGCUGAUGUUGAUUGA